AUGCAUGGAGAUAAUAGAGCAGAGGAAGAGGAAAUGGAGGGAGAAGAAAUGGAUGAAGAAUUUUACGAAACCAUCAAGCAUUUACAAAUGGCAAUGGAAGCAGUGGUCCAAGUGCUACAUGAGCUUAUGGUUAUCAUGCGUAGUGUGCAUAUUGAGCGUCCAUUAACUCGACGACCAAUUACUACAAGUGGGUAUGAUUAUAUACAUAAAAUAUUACAUGAAGAUCCUGAAGAAUUUCGACAAGUCUAUAGAAUGUAUCCAAAUGUGUUUCGGAAAUUAUGCACUAUCAUCAGAGACAAAACACUCCUACAAGAUACAAGAUUUAUUUGUGUUGAAGAAAUGCUUGCUACAUUUUUACUCACUGUAGGUCAAAAUUCUCGAUAUUGUCUUACCCGAAAGACAUUUGAUCGAUCACAUUUUGCUACUAGCAAAAACUUCAACAAAGUCUUGAAGGCAUUGAACACGCUAGCACCAGAAAUGUUGGCUAAAUCUCGAUUUGCAGUGCCAGCUAAGAUAAGAGAAAGUACACGAUUUUACCCCUACUUUAAGGAUUGCAUUGGAGCUAUUGAUGGUACACAUAUUCUAGCCAUGGUAAAGGGAUGUGAUGUAAGCAGCUACCGCAAUCGUCAUGGAAAGAUAUCACAAAAUGUAUUAGCAGCAUGUAACUUUGAUUUGGAGUUCAUAUACGUGCUCAGUGGAUGGGAAGGUUCAGCUCAUGAUUCAAAAGUGUUAAAUGAUGCUUUAUCAAGGAGGAAUGGACUCAAGGUACCACAAGAGAAUGAGUCUUCAUCAUCUUCACCAUUACCAGGGAAUGAAGGAGAUAAUGUGGAACAAGUUUUUGAAACUCAAGAACAACAACGAGAGAAUGCUAAUGAAUGGAGAGUUGGUAUAGCUUCUGACAUGUGGAGAAAUGCCAUGCAAGAUAAUAACGGAACUCAACGGUAAUGAGCAUUGGAAUUUUCAAAAGGAAUUUGUAUUA